AUGACAAUUUCCAACUCCAAUUCUACUCUAUCUUUAGCCUCCAAAGUGCACAUAGAGUCUAUUCAGACUGUGGUUCCAAUCAAGCCAACUGAUCCAAUAAAUUCAGGCAGAAUAACAAUUUCUUCACAAAAUCUUGAUUCCAGCAUUUUAGGAAGGCUUUUUCACCUCAUUUUGUGCUAUAACAAAGCCUCAGAUGAGGAUUCAGGGUGGUUAAUGGCGGGUUGGAUUAAGGAAUCACUCAGUAUUGCACUGUGUGAACUGCCAAUUCUUGCUGGGAGACUCCGAGUACAAGAAUCCGAAGACGGGGAUCGAAACUUACACAUCGUUUUGAAUGAUUCUGGUGUUCGAUUGGUCGAGGCGAGAGUUGAAAUGAAGUUGGCUGAUUUUCUUGAUUUGGAGGAGAAGAAAGAAGCACAAGGUGAAGUUGUGUUUUGGGAGGAUGUUCUUGAACUCAACCAGCCUCAGUUCUCUCCACUAUUUUAUGUCCAGGUCACCAACUUCAGUUGUGGUGGAUACUCAAUUGGGAUAAGUUGCAGCCUUCUUCUAGCAGAUCCUUUUGCCUUGACAGCCUUCCUCAAGAGAUGGGCUAAUGAUCACAGCUCUUUACUGUCAAAACCAGAUGCGCCCACAACGCCCAUAUGUUACCUCCCCAAACUAAGACAACUCGGCAGUUCUAAAGCGCUUCUAAGUGGCAUAAACACAAGCAAGUACCCUGCACAAAGUGUCAUUUUCAACAUCCCUACAAAUAUUUUGAAUUUGGAUAAAAAUGUUUACAAGAAUCUUGCUGCACUGUGUAUUGACGAAGCUGAGCGCAAAAAGGGUAGAAAAUUCGGCUCUAAAUUCUCUCUAUUUGUGAAGAAACCUUAUGAAGUUCUUAAUGUGGAAAUGUGUUCGACCGAAUGCCUCAAUGAGAAAACAUUUUGCACGGUGAAUGGAUUAACUUGUGCAGGAUGGGAUUUUGUGUUGGGGGCCGACGAAACAUGGUUCGAUGAAGGGAAUAUGCCUGCAUAUGUUUCGUGCUGGAUCAAUUCAAUGUCUGAUGAAGGCUCUGUUAUGAUCAUUGCAGCUGAUGAUGAGGAAAGUUCUGCUAUUCAAAUCAUAGUCACUUUCCCUUAUUAA